ACACUAAAAAAAAAAAGCCCUCUUUUUCAUCAUACUGUUGCUCACUAAAUCUCCACUAUGGCAGGGGAAACCACCAAGGACCACCCAUCCGCUUCCCUUUCACUCGCCGGCAAGGUGGCGAUAGUCACCGGCGGUUCCCGGGGAAUCGGCCGUGCUAUUGCCGUCCACCUCAGGUCACUUGGUGCAAGAAUUGUGAUCAAUUAUGCUUCCAACUCCACCCAAGCUGAUCUCUUAGCAUCGGAGCUCAACUCCUCCGGCGAGGCCUCUUCUCAUCCCGUAGCAAUCGCCAUUCAAGCUAAUGUCUCCGACCCAGAUCACGUCAAGUCCCUAUUCGAUCGAGCCGAGGAAGAAUUUAAAUCCCAAGUUCAUAUCCUCGUGAAUUGUGCCGGAGUUCUCGAUCCCAAAUACCCAUCAAUAGCCAACACCGCCGUUGAAGAUUGGGACAGUACCUUCUCCGUCAACACCAGAGGAGCGUUCCUGUGCUGCAGAGAGGCGGCGAAUCGGGUGGCGCACGGCGGCGGAGGAAGGAUUAUUCUGAUAACAACAUCGGUUGUUGGGUCAUUGUUACCUGGGUAUGGGGCUUACGCAGCCUCGAAAGCGGCGGUGGAGACGAUGGUGAAGAUUGUAGCAAAAGAGUUGAAGGGUACUGGGAUUACGGCGAAUUGUGUUGCUCCGGGGCCGGUGGCGACGGAGCUGUUCUUCGCCGGCAAGACGGAGGAGAUGGUUAAGAGGUUGGUGGAGGCUUGUCCUCUGGGGAGAUUGGGGGAGCCGGAGGAUAUUGCUCAGGUCGUUGGAUUUUUGGCUAGUGAUGCUGGUGAGUGGGUCAAUGGGCAGAUCAUUCGUGUCAAUGGUGGAUUUGUUGUUUAGAUUGUUCUUCUCUGUGUUGCUUUAAAGUGUUCUUACAUGAAUGCAAUGAUAUCAACACUAAUGCACCAAAUCCUAAACUUCGUUUUUAGUACUAGAACGAGUGAUCUUAAGAAGUACAUGUGUUGUACCCUUUUCUGUUUGUCAUUAUAUUUGAUUUUUAUUUUUUUACUUGUGUUAUUUUAGUUUCUUAAAAUUUUAAGGAUUAAUUGUAUUGAGG